CCAACUCUUGAAAUGUGGUCGUUAUUUUCACCGAAUAAACACGAAAGCGGCUGAGGAGUGCACUGGAGGGGUUUAAUCCCGUCGAUUCGGAGAUGUCAGCGAUGGACAAGCCCGCAAUGGUGGUCGUGGUCUUCACCCGAUGAAUGUGCACAGCAUGCGAUCACAUUGCAACCAGCAGCACUUCGUUUGACUCCUUCCGGCUCGGAUUUGAAGCACCCUCCGUGCCUCGGGCCACAGGGGCGGUAGGGUUUAGUGGAGAUGGAAUCAAUUUGCUCUGCGAUGGGAAUUUCGGCCGUGGGUUUUACCGUAUGACAGUCGUCGAGUGUUCCGCUCUGAAACAUGGAUCACAAGGAGGAGGUGGGCAAAAUCCGCUUGUUCGUCGGAGGAUUGGCGUCGGGAGUGAGUGCCGUGGAUUUGAAAGAGCGCUUUGCUCCGUUGGGAACUGUCCUGAGCGUAGCGAUUCCUUCGGCAAAGUAUGGUUCGCAUCGAGGGUUUGCGUAUGUGGACUUUCUUCCUUCGAGUGAGGCCAGCUUGAAGAAACUGAUCAGCUCGUACAAUGGGUGCAAAUGGCGAGGAGGGCUUUUGCGCAUCGAACAGGCCAAGCAGCAUUACGUGGACAAACUCCAGAAGGAAUGGACUGCUGAAGCCGAAGCAUUAGCUGCCGAGGAGGCAGAACGGAAUCGCAAAGAUGAGGACGUCCCGGUCCUGGCUGCUCCAAAACAGCCCAAGUCGUGGCCUCUUAUGUUGCUGGAACAACCAGAAAAGCCAGACAAGUGGAAGAAGAAAAGAGACUUUGAACAAGGUGCCGAAGUGGACGGUGUGAAGCUUUUCUUUCCCAGCCUGAAGAAGCUGAAGACCGUGCCAAGCAGAGGAUUGGGGAAGCACAAGAGAAGCUUCCAACGCGUGGAAAGCCUACCUGUGAAUGAAUUGUCAACGUGCGAUUGUGAGAAGAGCCUGCGCACUGGGUCUUGUGAUUGUUCAAAAAUUCAAUCUGGCUAUGCACGUGAGGACUUGGCGAGCAUAGGGGAGGAUGAAGCAGUGUCUAUGGAGAUUGCCAAAGAACGGCAGAGGCAGUUGGAUCUGCUUAGCAGAAUGUUUCCUUCCGAUUCUCCCAGGAAAUCCAAAGUGGGCAAGGAGUUUUCGACAACGUCGCCAAGUACUGGAGUUGAGGUGAAAAAGAGUCUCUCUUCUGUCGGUACGGACAAGAAAAUGGUUCCACAAAUCGAUGCUCCGCAAAGUCCCCAGUCCCCUGCAGAAACUGGCGAGGAUCGAAUGGAGCUGAUCAGACCUCCGCGUAAGGAAGAACCAUCGAAAUUUACUCCGAAGGCCGCUGAGGAGAAAAUCUCUGAACCUGCAAAAGUCUCUCAGAGUCCGCCAGAAGAGCAAGAGAUGGAAGAGGAAGAACCAGAAAUCUGUGAACCUGCAAAAGUCUCUCAGAGUCCGCCAGAAGAGCAAGAGGUGGAAGAGGACGAACCAGAAAUGUGGUUGAGCUUUAUGGACACCACGCCCUUACCCGAGAAAAGGGAAGACAAAGUCUCAGAGUUUGAAUUGGAUGAACUAGAGCUCAUGUUGAGUGAAGACGAAGAAGAAAGCGAAGAGGAAGAGGAGGCUUUGGAACCCAUUCCGGAGGCCCCGAAGAAGAAGGCGAAGAGAAAGAAGAAGAAGGGCAAGAAGUCGAAGCAACUCACAACACCGAGUAAUGAGCCAAAAAGCUCAGUUAUCGGAGCAGAUGAAGUGCAGAUUGGGCUUAAAAGGAAGGAGGGAUCGCCAUCACCGUCAGGAGAUGAGGCAGAUGUAACACCUCCUGAGUCAGAAAAUGGAGAUGAGGCUGAGGUAACACCUCCUGAGUCAGAAAAUGGAGAUGAGGCAGAGGUAACACCUCCUGAGUCAGAAAAUGGGAGCAGGCUUGAGAAGGCUGCUCCCAUGGCCCACAAGGACGAAGGCGAGAACCAAGAUGGACCAACCUUCGUAAAGGCUUCCUCAAGAAUGACAGAUGAGAGGUUGGAUCCAGAACCAGCCGAUUCGACAAUGUGGGACAGCGAUGAGGGAAGUGAAUCAGCAGAGGAUGAGGCAGAGCUCUCGGAAGACGAGUUUUUUUUAGGCGGUACAUCUUCUGAAGACGAGAUCUCUGAGGAAGAAACUGAAAAUGCCCCGCCAAUUGUAGAGGACAGAGACGAGUAUUUUGUCGGGGCCACUUCGUCGGAUGAGAGCCUGGAUUCUGAACCUGAACUUGAUUUGUGGGUGAGCGGGAUAGACGAAACUGAGAGGGCCCCAUUGUCAGGAAAGCCAGUUGCAGCAGUUGUGUCUACCAAACAAUCAAAGAAAGACCCUCCAAAGCCUCGCGCACGAAGAUCAACUUCUGAGAAAACCCCUCGGGAUUUUUCCAAGGACAAACCGGUGGACAGUGGACAAGCAGUCGAGAGUGCUCCAAGCUUCAUAGAUCCCGUGGUUGCAGUCGGGUCUCCUGAAGCAGAGAAGAAUCUUCCAAAUCCUGCGGCCUUGGAAUCAACUUCCCAGGACAAUGCUGCCGAACUCUUCAGGAGUAUACCGGUGGGUGAGAAUCAUGUGGCCAAGCAAGAGCAGGAAAGUUCCCUCGAAAUUGCAACGACAGUUCCGCCCUCUUCCAAGACGGAAGUAGCAGCCGCUAAUGGCUCAGAAGAAACUGAAGCCCCGGCCCCAAAACGGAAUGAGCUAACGAGAGCCACUUGGAAAUCCUUGGUAGGUGAAACUGGACGUGUGGUUUUCUCUUUGCAGCAACUCACCGGUGCAGUUUUACCUCCUGCGACCACACCGAGAGACGAGACUCCAGCUGCAGAGGAUACUCCAAUGGAAGAGAUUUCGUCUCGAAGUGAUCCCAUAGAGGGAAAUGAUCAUACGAAGACCAGCUUGGCUACUAACCAGCCUGACAGGAAGAAACAGGGAGCUUUCAUUGGACAAAAUAUGAUGACAAAAUCAGUGCUAGCAACUUCCGAAGUAGAUGCUCCUCCGCAAAUUCAUUUCCCUAGUGACAGCGGUGUUUGCUCAUUCAUGAAGUCGCCCAAUGCCGAGAAGGAAUGGCUGGCUACUAAGUCUGACUUGAGGACAGACUACAGGUCCAAGCAUAAACAAGCCGUGAAGAAGUCUAAAAAGCUACGCGGUAAAUAGUAUGCACCCUCACAAUUUUGUAGUUGACGACUUUGUAGGAAGCGGAAAUGUAAGAUCUUGUAGAGUUCUUUGCACCUUCAGUUUCAUGUUCAGAAUUUACCAUUUGAAUGUCGAUACUCCUAAUAGAAGCUCAGUUUGCAAAUCAGUGAUCAGCAUGUGCUAAUGACA